AUGGCAGACAAGGAAAGCAACACCAUAUCCUCUCAUCCUCCGGCAGAUGCUGAUAUCCAGCCUGCUCCUCGAGCUGUUGCUGUCCCAAAGAAGGCGAGGUCUGAUCUCACCGCUGCCAUCAGUGGGAAAGUUCCCAACCUGCAGCUGAGCGAGAUUCUCCCCGGCAAUACCGAGGUCAGCAACCUGGCCAUCCUCGGUCUGCCUUGCCCUCUCCUUCCCCUUCUCUCCUCCCAUCUUCGGGGCAAAGGACCGAAAGCUGAUCGGUGGUCCGAACUGUCAAUGUCUCAGCGCGGAAUGUUGUUCUUCCAAAACCAGGACUUUAACCAGCCUGGGCUGGCAUAUGCCGACAUCACCUUUGAGAAUAUCCCGUGCGACCAGGCAAUCUUGGAGAUCGUCCAUCUGCCGAAAGACGUGGGCGCCGACACGCUGUGGGCGUUGGGCUACGAGGCAUACGGCAGCCUCAGCCCGAUCGUCCAGAAACUCGCCGAGAGCCUGGCGGCAACGCACUACCAGCCCAACUUCGCCAGAGUGAUAAGAGGAACUGGGCGAGGCGCUAACGGACGAAUACCGUGGCGCUCCCAAGAACACCGGAUUGCAAUUCAAGGCUGGAUCAACGGCGUAACCGAGUGCGAGAGCGAGAUCCUCAAGGCGUCUGGUCGCGAGACAAGCUGA